AUGCUGCUCAGCGAGCGCAUUGUGCCAUCUCCACAAAGAGAGACCGCCAUGGACCGGCUGCUAAAUUCUUUGGAAGACCGCGGCAUGAAUUUAGAUCAGCAGGCCAGGGUCGAGAAGGAAGGGACCGCUCCUGUGCCCAAGGUGGCGCGACUUCUGCGCGACGGCCAGGGCAAAUUCAUGUACAUUGGUGAUUCGGCGAGUCUGUCUUUCCUGCAGAGUGUUCGUCGGAUCGUCUCUUCAUCUAUCGGCCGGUGCGACUUCACCGAAGACAACUCGCGACAUUCCAUGCUCGAGGCCUUCCAGAAUAAUCCGAAUACUCAGCCUGGUCCCCUCGUUCCGCCUCCCAGUAACGAUGAAGCUCAACGGUUAGCCCGUCAGUACAUGCUUGCCACAAGUCCCUUGCUGGAUCUGUUCGACCUGGAAGAGUUUCACCCGCGGCUAGCCAAUUGGGUAGGAAACCCAACUGGGGACGAAGACACCGUCAGCUCCAUGUUCUAUCUGGUUCUGGCCAUUGGCGCGCAGGUCUCCGAUAUAAACCAAACAUUGGCAGAGCAAUACUUCGGCAGUGGUCGCCAAUUGGCGUUUUCAGCAUUCCAAGAAACUCCCAGUAUUCACACCAUCCAGUCUUACGUCCUGGUCUCCAUGUACAUGCUCGGUGCAUGUAGGCGCAACGGUGCCUUUAUGAAUCUUGGUAUCGCUUUACGUGCUGCAUACGCAGUAGGAAUUCAUCGGAAAGACGCGAAUGCACUCUUUUGUGGACACGAGCGACGAGCCAGGGAGCGGGUGUGGAAGAGUCUCCGAAUGAUGGAUUUGUUUCUGAGUGCCUCUUUAGGACGUCCACCAGCUACAUCGGACUAUGACCAUGACAUCCGUGACGAUGCUCUCCCAUCUGCAGAGCAACAGCGACAUUUGACGCCGCAGCAACAACUGUCGAUUGCAGUGAUAUCGCUGUGUCGCAUCUUCGAGCGCAUCUUGACCGACGUCUAUAUGAAGCAAGUCAUCUCAAUCCAUGUCGCAGAAGCCAUCUCAAACCAGCAUCGCGCCUGGGUUCGUACUUUGCCCGCGAUCCUCAAAAUGCAGACCGAGCGACUUGACAAUAGAACCAUGGAGAGCGGUCUCGCUGCAGCUCAUGUGUUCGGGUCUUAUUACUGGUCAAUAAUUCUUCUGACACGCCCAUUCCUUAUCUACCGCGUCGCACAGUACGUCAAGGGCAAGACUGACUCAUCGGCUUCUUCCGAGUCUCGAAGCGGCAGCUCUCGUAUUGCCCUGUUCGCCGAUGCAUGUGUCUAUUCGGCACUCCGAGGUCUCGACGCUGUUGAUGAUCUGGGCCGUUUUGCGUCUCUUCCCCGCCGACUUCCCUUUCUGAUCAACUCCGUCUUUAAUUCUGCCAUCGUUCUUGGUGCUGCAUUCUUCGCCGAUUACGACAACCUCUUGCCUCUUCAAGAGGGAAUGAACCAGGCGGAGCGAUUCUUAGGGCUGUUUGUCCCGCACGAUCCUCAUGCAUGCCGCUUCCUCCAAAUCGUCAAAUACCUUCGUGCGGCUGUCGCCGAGUACAUCCAAAGACGAAACCGCCAAUGGAUGGAACGCCGCAGCCGGCAGGUCGACCAACUCUUCGGCCAAGUCGGUGCUUCCGAUGGUCCCACUCCCCCUCCAUGGCCCCUGGUCCGGGCCGUGAUAUCCCUUCCAUCGGCCGACUUGUCGAACACCCCCAAUCUGCGCCCGUGCCUUCUCCCACCUCCCCCGAAAAGCCGCCUGGAGGUACCCCCUCCUCCUACCUCACAGCCCAACCCCCGGCAAUAUCUGCUGGCCCUCCACCACCUGGAAAUGAUGUAUGGGAUGCGUUAUGCCAUGGGCCCGAAUCAGGAGCAGCUCUAUCUUAUGACGCUGCCAUCUCUGCUCUGA